ACACACACAUACACACACUCCCAAGUUCCAGGAGUCUGAGAGGCAAGAGCAAUAGUAAGAACAAGAGGAGCAGCAAGUUACAUCUAUUUUUCAUGCAACAUCAUCACUCUAGCAUUGCUUUUAGAUCCUUUCUCCCAUCCUGGAUGAGAGCUAAAGACUGCGUAGGAUUCAGGCUCGGAGGAUGAGUUCUGCAGAGAAAGAGGAGAAUGACAUGUUCUGUGAGAAGGCAGUGGCCCUCAUUAUUGACCUCUGUUUGGAUGACAGCCCCUUAUUGGAGUCCAACACCUGUGAGGAGUUCAUCACUCUGCUGGCCCAUGCCAACCAGAGCCCUAACCAUAGAGACACAGAUAUCUCCUUCAGCCUCCUGCUAUUGGUGUUCGUGACAUGCGGCCUUGCUCUGCUGGGGGUCAUCAUCUUUGCCUCCUGGAAGCUCUGCUGGGUGCCCUGGCACAGAAAGGACCUUUCUUCUAGUGCCACUGCUCUGACCCUUGCUGGCCCCUCCACCCACAGACACUUUGAGAGAACCUUUCCCUCGCACACGCACGCACUCAUACACACACACAGCAUGGCCUCGGACAAGCUGAAGGACCCAGCAAGUUUCCUGGAGGCAGCCGUGAAGAUCAGCCACACAUCUCCUGACAUCCCUGCGGAGGUGCAGCUGUCAAUGAAGGACCACUUUCUGCGCCGUACACGCAUGGCCAGGCAGACCACUGAGCCUGCCUCCUCUACCAGGCAUAGCUCCUUCAAAAAGCAUCUUCCCAGACAAAUGCACCAUGUCACAAGCCUGGACCGAGGCAAUGACUUCCCCUGUACAGAGGACCAUGCCUCUAGCCUUGGUCGCAUCCAACCUGAGCUCUAUAAACAGAGUCCCCUGGAGGCAGACGAGUCCUCCAAAAACAACACUGGCAAGAUUUGUGGCAAGAUCAACUUCUCCCUUAAGUAUGAUUAUGAAAGUGAGGCCCUCUUGGUCAACAUUCUUAAGGCCUUUGACUUGCCUGCUAAGGACUUUUGUGGCAGCUCUGACCCUUACGUCAAGAUUUACCUCCUGCCAGAUCGGAAGCGAAAGUUCCAGACAAGGGUCCACCGCAAAACUCUCAACCCCACAUUUGAUGAGUCCUUCCAGUUUUCAGUUCCCUAUGAGGAGCUGGGCAGCAGGAAACUCCAUCUGAGCAUCUUUGACUUUGAUCGCUUCUCCCGUCACGACAUGAUUGGUGAGGUGAUUCUAGAUAAUCUGUUUGAGAUGUCGGACCUUUCCAGAGAGACGGCCAUCUGGAAAGACAUUCAGUAUGCCACCUCUGAGAGUGUCGACUUGGGGGAGAUCAUGUUCUCUCUCUGUUACCUGCCAACUGCUGGCAGGCUAACCAUGACCGUCAUAAAGUGUAGAAAUCUCAAGGCCAUGGAUAUCACUGGAUACUCAGACCCCUAUGUCAAGGUAUCCCUUGUUUGUGAUGGAAGACGUUUAAAAAAGAAGAAAACCACCAUCAAGAGGAACACCCUAAACCCCACCUAUAACGAGGCAAUCAUCUUUGACAUCCCACCGGAAAACAUGGACCAAAUCUGCCUCCACAUAUCCGUCAUGGACUAUGAUCUGGUGGGUCACAAUGAGAUCAUAGGUGUAAACCGAGUGGGGAGUCAUGCAGAGGGGCUGGGUAGAGAUCACUGGAAUGAGAUGCUGGCCUAUCCUCGCAAACCUAUUGCUCACUGGCACCCGCUAGUGGAAGCCAGGAAGUCUGAAAAGGAGUGGAAAACCCGCACUGAAAGCUUUGACAGCCAAGGUUCCUGCCCCUCCCCAAGACUCCUGUCCAGCCCAUGAGUCACAGACCAACUACUAGAAGGCAAUCAAAAUCUGUCCAGAAACAAAUAAUGUUUUUAAACCACAAGUCAUCUGUGCCUCAGAAUAGGUUAAUCAGUCCUCUAUGGAGUUACAGUCUCAGUCUGGACAUUGGACACAUAAUGUCUCCCUUCAUAGAACCCUCUGCCACAAGAAUCAUUCUGUCACUGAGUUUUGAAAUUUUGUUUAGGUAUGUCAUCUGGGGUCUGUUAAAAUGUGUUAAAUUGAUCUAUUGUUUAAGCACAUACAGUAGUUUCGUGAACAUGCAUUGCUGAACUAGUUACCAGUCAAGCUGCUGUUAAGAGCAAGUUGCCUUUGUGUGCCCUGAUGUUUGGGUUUUGAGAUAUCUAUAUAUCUAAAGCUUCAAACUGGAAAUUAUUUCAUACAUGCUUUUGACCACAUAUUUAAAAAGUUUCAAAGUUCAGAUAAACAUCUGUCAAGUUGCCAGAUCUCCUUUUACUUUAUUACAAUGGAACAUAUCCCAUUACAAGUCAGUUUGUAUUAUUGUGUCUCAGUCUUGAUUGUUUAUGUAUAUACAAUACCUUUUUCUUCUACCAUCAUCUACUUUCUAUAUCAUAAGUGUAAAUGCUAUGGACUACAGCAACGCUUGCUAUGUUUAUAGUGUGUUUACAAACUAUUUAUUUUGGCAGUGCACUUGUGUUGUAAGGACUUUAACUAUACAACACCCUUUUACAUUGUAGCAGUGUAAGUAGAAUCCCAUGUAAUCCAAAUGACCCCCUGAAUUUGCUCACAGGGACCAAAGCCUCAAUUGUUUAUUGUUUUCUUACUCUAUACAUUUUGUCAAUAAUUUCCUGUCCAGGAAAAUGUUAUGUAUGUGUUGAGAGACUUGGCUUGAGCCUGUUGCUUCAUUGGCCUCGUGUGAUAAAAUGUUUCAAAUAAUGACUACACUUUUCCAAGUAAUUUAAAAUAACUUUCCACUUUUGUAUUUCUAUUUGUCACAUAGGCCAACCGUUUCAAAAUAUCCCUUGUAUUUUAAAGUUUCAAUAAAGUUAAUCCUAGGUCUACAUGACA